AGAAUCCAGAAGAAUGUCGGCACUGAACUGGAAGCCAUUUGUUUAUGGAGGCUUAGCUUCAAUCACUGCAGAAUGUGGUACUUUCCCAAUUGAUCUGACCAAAACACGUCUCCAGGUUCAAGGUCAAACUAAUGAUGCCAAAUUUAAAGAGAUUCGUUACAGAGGAAUGGUGCAUGCACUAGUGAGGAUAUGGAGAGAAGAAGGGUUGAAAGCACUAUAUUCUGGGAUUGCCCCUGCAAUGUUACGCCAGGCUUCAUAUGGAACAAUAAAAAUAGGCACUUACCAAAGCUUGAAGAGAAUGUUUGUUGAGCAACCAGAAGAUGAAACCCUGGUGAUAAAUGUAUUAUGUGGCAUUCUUUCGGGGGUGAUUUCAUCAUCUAUUGCCAACCCUACAGAUGUUUUGAAGAUCAGAAUGCAGGCCCAAGGCAGUGUGAUUCAAGGAGGAAUGAUGGGCAAUUUCAUACAAAUUUACCAAAAAGAAGGCACUAGAGGACUAUGGAAAGGGGUGUCCCUAACAGCUCAGAGAGCUGCUAUUGUUGUGGGAGUGGAGCUGCCGGUCUAUGAUCUCACCAAGAAGCACAUAAUUAUGUCUGGACUCAUGGGAGACACUGUGUAUACUCACUUUCUCUCAAGCUUCACCUGUGGAUUAGCUGGAGCACUUGCAUCAAAUCCAGUUGAUGUUGUGAGGACACGGAUGAUGAAUCAGAGAUUUCAAGAUGGAACACAUUCAGGGUACAAGGGUACUUUGGAUUGCUUGUUACAAACAUGGAGGUAUGAAGGCUUUUUUGCUUUAUAUAAAGGAUUCUGGCCAAACUGGUUGAGACUCGGUCCUUGGAAUAUUAUCUUCUUUUUGACAUAUGAACAGCUGAAGAAAUUGGAUUUCUGA